AUGGGAGUGGUCACCUCUUUCAUGUAUGGGCGGCCACUGCCAGACUCCGGCCGUCAUCUCUACUUCAGCGAGAGGCUGUACCUCGGCUGGUUAGAGCUCCUUUGCUGCCCGGAGGUUGCUGGCUGCAAUGUCCGCAACUACAUGGAGGAGGAUCAUCGUGGAGGCUCAUUGCAGUACACGGUCCUCAGAAGUGUCUCCUACAGCCCCUAUGUUCCACGCUUUGUUAUGGAGAUCAGGAACAAGACCAUGCCACGACCAGCAGUCGUGGGUCGCAUGGAAAAGCUUGAUACUGUCGUCCGCGCCAAGUCCGGAGAGUUUCUCAGCGUCCAGUUGUGGAAGAUGGUAUGCAACGGCUUGCAGUGGACGGAUAAGCGAAAACGACGGGUGCUGCCCUCUGAUUCCGAUUCCUUCGUGAUGCACGUCGCGAUUGCCACCCAGGCUAAGAUCGACUUUGAUGAGGGUGAAGCUGAGAAUGACAACCUGGACAGCAGGACCGAGAGGUGGGUUCAGACCAUCAGCACUGACAACCCUGCGCUGUCGAUCUGGAACAAAAAGACCAUGCAAAGCAGUCCAGGUGCUCUUUGCGAGAUCAAGUUGUCCUACGAGGGCCAGAAUGUCGGCACGGCGAAGCAAAAGAUUUUCGACUCCGGUGAGGACCACCGUCGUCCUUUCCUCGGUAUUCAGCUGGACAGAAGCACUAUCGAGGAGAAGUCCGGUAUGCAUGGGGACGUCGACCAGGAGACGGUGGCAGAGCACACUCUGAACACUGAUUCCGUAGCGCUCGUGCUACUGUGCCUGGCUUGGAGUAAUCGAACCAUGUCCUUCGAUCCAGAGGAAGAAAGAAUCUACAACACCUUCACCAAGGCUUUACGAUCGACAGACGAGGCGUCGGACAUGAAGCCCAGCUACCCUCCCGACUGGACCUUGUUGGACGUGAAGCGAUAUUUGAAAGAACACAAGACCUGGCUGAAGCUCCACAGCCCGGGCCAUGGCGCUUGCGCUUGA